AUGGUCUCUUCUGCAGGAAACCCACUCAAGUCUGAUGAUGAUCUUAAGCUGAUGCUAGAGAAGCUCGAAUUCAUCAAGACUGCAAAAAUCUUCAGGCGUUGGAGGGGAUCAUUUCUCAACCGCUUCGAAAUAUUCUUAGAAGAAGACAAUAUAGUGAACGCCCAAGGGGCAUACGAACAGUUUUCUCAUAGCAUGGAGGCAUUCGCAAAUCAGGUAAAGAAAGUUGAAGCGUACAUAGAAAGCGGAGACCUUACAGCGGACCGUUAUUUUUCUUCCGUCAAGGCAAGAAACUGCCUGAAUGAAAUGUCUAAAAUGAUGGCUUCGGUUAUAGAAGAAAAAGAUGCCUUGAUUCCUUCUACAGUCUCAAUGGAAAAUGACAGCGGCUACAACAAGUUUCAUAUGGGAGCUGUUCUCAUUCGUGACAAUUUCGAAGAAUAUGGCCGACUGACAUAUUACGGAGAAAGCUUGCAGCACAUGAGAAAGGUAACCCUGGCCGAGAUUAUUGACAAGCAAAUUUUAGAGCAGAUGGACAACUAUGGAGCGAAGCUCAAAAAAUUUUGCGAUGUAAUGGCAGAUCUUGGCCUUUACGAAGUCAUGCUAAAAUGCCGUGAGUUUGCUUGUGUCGAGGAUAACAAGGAUGAUCUUAUAUUCCUCGACCUGAAAACUGGUGGAAUCGGCGAAUUGGAUCGAGCCGCCUGUCUCGGAAAACGUGUAAUCACGUCUACUCACAAAGAUCAGGAAGGUAACGAGAUUUUCGAAGAAUCCGUCUUAGACGACGAUGGCAAAGCAAAGCUUCUCAAAAUGAUACGCCAGAAUCCGAGGCUAGGACUAGGUUUUGGAAACAGCUUGAACUCCUUCCAGGAAGAGAGUCUCGCUACUGAAAAUGCAGAAGUUAUAAGAAGUAUGUGGGGUGUGACAUUGCGAAAGACACCGAGAAACAAGAAAGGAGAGGAGUUCAUCUUUCUCUGUCAGAAAACCGGUGUUUUCGGAGAACUUUCACGCAAAACGUGUUUAGAGGUGGCGAUCAUUACCGAAGUGAAGGACGAAAAUGGAGAAGCCAAAGUUUGCGAGUCACAGCUUGAGUUUGACGAAAGAGCGUCGCUCUUAGAGCAGAUCCGAUCUCUUCUUGAUUUGGGAGUGCUGGAACAGUGA